CGUACGAGGCCCUGGUACAACAGACUGAAAUUCGCCCAAAAUUAAGCAUGCAGAGAAACGUAAUGUAUGCGUGACGUUUUCGAUCGAAGAUGGUGUUCUAGUGGCGGGAGGGUACUUUAGCCAGCGCUACCUAUAGCUACACUGUAAAAUUACAGAGUAAAUACAACCCUUAAUGGCUUUCUAGUCAUUUUGUGGUGUAUGAUACAUAUAGUAUUGUAUAGUGGAAACAAUCCACUAACUAUAGGUUUUUGUGAUUUUCUGGGAUAGCCACUUUAAAUGUUUAUUAUUAUUCUUAUUUUAAAUAUUAUAGAAUAGAAUUUCUAAAUUUUACAUCUGCGUCAAAAAUAACAGAUGAUGCGAUGGAACCCUUCGCAAUUUUGGAGAAAAUUCAAAGAUCUCUGGAGUGUCGAAAUUUCCUGACCUUAACUUUAAACCCAAAUAAGUCAAGUGCUUGGAGUCCAUAGUAAGAGGACAGGAUGUCAUUGGGGUGUUUCCAACAGGAUAUGGGAAAUCUUUAAUUUUUCAACUGUUACCAGAUGUCAUGAGAAACAAAGACGAAUAAUCUUCAAUUGUCAUUGUAAUCACUUGUUUAAACGCAAUUAUGGAAGAUCAAGUGAAUUUUCUGAAAAAAGUAGGAAUGACUUGCUACAUCCUACGUGACUUAAAUUUUGAGGAGAAUGCUGUACAGACGUUGUUUGAGGAUAUCUGUCUGAGUGAUAAAACAGAAGAUGUCUUACCAUCAUUUGUAUUGGAUGGUCAUUGUUUUUUUUUUUUUUUUUUUUUUUUUUUUUUUUUUUUUUUUUUUUUUGUGACUUCCUAUUUUGCCAUCCAGAGGCUAUAUUGAGUGAGAGAGGAAGAACUUUGAUGAAAACGAAAAUUUAUCAAAAAAAUGUCAAAGCUUGUGUCAUUGAUGAGGCUCACUGCUUGGACACCUGGGGAAAAGAAUUUCGCAAAGAAUUUGAAAACUUGGGAGCAAUGCGAGCUUUUUUUAGAGAGGUACCUUUUAUCGCACUUACAGCUACCGCAACAGAAAAAACACUGGCUAAAAUAAAACAUAUACUUGGAAUGAAAACCCCAACAAUAAUAUCUGUUAAUCCAAACAGAAAAAAUGUAUACAUGUGCAAAGAAAAGAGAAAAGUUGGUGAAGAAGGUAUUGAAAAUAUCAUCUUGCCACUUGCAAAGGAGCUAAAAUCACUAAAGAAAAGUUUUCCUCAAACUAUUAUAUAUUGUGGAUUGAGGUUUUGUGGGUAUAUAUACAAGUUAAUAAAAAAUGUAUUAAAGGAACACAUGUAUGUUGAAAACAUAACAAACCCUAGCAAUUGUUUAAUUGUGCAAUUUCACGCACCACAAACAAAGUCAAUGAAAAACGAAAUUCUCCUUGAAGUUGCAAAAGAAGUUUCAAACAUUCGCGUUAUAAUAGCAACUUCUGCGCUUGGUAUGGGUGUUCAUGCACCCUAUAUCGAACAAAUUUUCCAUAUAAGUCCACCAAGUACCAUCGAAGACUAUAUACAGCAAUUUGGACGGGCUGGUCGAAGAGGGCAAGAAGCAUUGGCAAGAUUGUACUAUACCGGGCAUGAUAUCAGCAGUAGGCGUUUAAAACAAAAUAAAGUUGAUGAACAUAUGGUGAAUUUUUGUACUACGACACAAUGCCUUCGUAAAGUAUUGAUGAUUCACUUUGGAUAUCAUUAUCAACCCCAGGAUCAAUGCUGUAGCAAUUGUGAUUCUUCACUCUUGAAAGAACCUAAAAAAGAGAAACGUAUUAAAUAUAGAGAAGUAUCAGAUGAGAGUUUAAAGAAACUAUCAGAUGAACUUGAUAAUAUACUGGCAGAUUACGACCAAGCCACACAUGAUGCAGCCAUGGAGUUUUAUAACAUUGUGGAUACAGGAAACUUGGCUGAAAAAUUUUCAGAAAUUAUUAUUAACAUUGAGUAUGUCAACGAUGUGGAAAGCUUGUUAGAAUAUCAGUUGUGGGAUGAAUUUGUUAGUAGCAGAGUUUUUAAAGUUAUUGAGAAGUAUACCACACUGAAGUAAUUCCAUAAUACACAAUGUGAGGUAAUGUUACUACAUACAUUAAUCAAUUUUAGUUUUCUUAUAUAUUCUACUCUUAGCUUAUUAUGGAAUUAUUUUUUGUGUGUAAACUAACCUGU